AAUAACUCAGCAAUCUGAUCAAUACCCAUUCACGCACAAAGAGUGUGAGUCUAGUGUGUGAAGAAGUACACAAUUAGAUUGUUCUUGUUUCUUUGAUCUAUAGUCUACAAUCUGUAUAAAUAAUAAUGGAGAACGGUAAUCACGUUAAUGGAGUCGUUAAUGAGUUGUGCAUCAAGGAUCCAUUGAACUGGGGAGUUGCAGCGGAGGCGUUGACCGGAAGUCACCUUGAUGAGGUGAAGAAGAUGGUUGCGGAGUUCAGAAAGCCGGUGGUGAAGCUCGGAGGAGAGACGCUUACAGUUUCUCAGGUGGCGGGGAUCGCAGCUGCUAAUGACAGUGACACCGUGAAGGUGGAGCUGUCGGAAGCCGCGAGGGCUGGAGUUAAGGCGAGUAGUGAUUGGGUUAUGGAGAGCAUGAAUAAAGGAACUGAUAGUUAUGGUGUCACCACCGGCUUCGGCGCCACCUCUCACCGGAGAACUAAGCAAGGCGGUGCUUUACAGAAGGAGCUCAUUAGAUUUUUGAACGCCGGAAUAUUCGGCAAUGGAACGGAAACAAGCCACACACUUCCACAUUCAGCCACCAGAGCCGCCAUGAUCGUCAGAAUCAACACCCUCCUCCAGGGUUACUCCGGCAUCCGAUUCGAGAUCUUGGAAGCCAUCACCAAGUUCCUUAACAACAACAUCACCCCUUGUUUACCCCUCCGUGGAACCAUCACCGCCUCCGGUGACCUUGUCCCAUUAUCAUACAUCGCCGGCCUCUUAACCGGCCGCCCCAACUCCAAAGCCGUUGGCCCCACCGGAGAAGUCCUCAAUGCCGAAAAGGCCUUCGCUGCAGCCGGAGUUGAAGGUGGGUUCUUCGAGUUACAGCCGAAAGAAGGGCUAGCACUUGUUAACGGCACCGCCGUGGGGUCCGGGAUGGCUUCCAUGGUUCUAUUUGAUGCUAAUGUACUUGCGUUGUUGUCGGAAGUGUUAUCGGCGAUCUUCGCUGAGGUUAUGCAAGGGAAGCCGGAGUUUACCGAUCACUUGACACACAAAUUGAAGCAUCACCCUGGUCAAAUCGAGGCGGCGGCGAUCAUGGAGUAUAUUUUGGACGGAAGCGAUUACGUCAAGGCGGCGCAAAAGGUCCACGAAAUGGACCCGUUACAGAAACCAAAACAAGAUCGUUAUGCUCUCCGUACAUCUCCCCAAUGGCUCGGACCUCAAAUCGAAGUAAUCCGAUCAUCAACCAAAAUGAUCGAGAGGGAAAUCAAUUCCGUCAACGACAACCCAUUGAUCGACGUUUCCAGAAACAAAGCUUUACACGGUGGUAACUUCCAAGGAACCCCAAUCGGAGUUUCCAUGGACAACACCCGUCUCGCCAUUGCUGCAAUCGGAAAACUCAUGUUCGCUCAAUUUUCUGAGCUGGUUAACGAUUUCUACAACAAUGGAUUACCAUCGAAUCUCUCCGGUGGACGUAACCCUAGUUUGGACUACGGGUUCAAAGGUGGAGAAAUCGCCAUGGCUUCUUACUGUUCUGAGCUUCAGUUUCUCGCAAAUCCAGUCACCAACCAUGUUCAAAGCGCCGAACAACACAAUCAAGACGUUAAUUCUCUCGGAUUAAUUUCAGCGAGGAAAACCGCAGAAGCAGUCGACAUCUUAAAACUCAUGUCGUCGACAUACUUAGUCGCUCUAUGCCAAUCCAUCGAUUUACGCCAUUUGGAAGAGAACAUGAAAUCGACAGUGAAGAACACCGUAAGCCAAGUCGCGAAAAAGGUCCUCACCAUGGGCGUCAACGGCGAGCUCCACCCGUCGAGAUUCUGCGAGAAAGAUCUCCUCCGUGUUGUUGAUCGUGAAUACGUCUUCGCUUACAUCGACGACGUUUGCAGCGGCACAUACCCAUUAAUGCAGAAGCUCCGACAGGUUCUGGUCGACCACGCUCUAAACAACGGCGAAACGGAGAAGAACACUAACACCUCCAUCUUCCAAAAGAUCGCUACCUUCGAAGAAGAAUUGAAAGUCCUGUUACCGAAAGAAGUUGAAGGUGUUAGAAUCGCUUAUGAGAAUGAUACAUUGUCGAUUCCAAACAGGAUUAAAGCUUGCAGAUCGUACCCGUUGUAUAGGUUUGUAAGGGAGGAGCUCGGCGGAGGGUUUUUGACCGGAGAAAAGGUGACGUCGCCGGGAGAGGAGUUCGACAGGGUGUUCACGGCGAUGUGCAAAGGUCAAAUUAUUGAUCCGUUGUUGGAGUGUCUUGGAGGGUGGAAUGGGGAACCUCUUCCAAUAUGUUAGGAAAGUGAGUGUGAAACCGUUUGAAUUGUAUUUGUAAUAUUCUGUUUUUUUUUUUUUUUUUUUAAAUUUUAUUUGCAUUUAAUAUCUCAUCAAAGACUUCCACUUUCAAGUGUGGUGUAUGUGGUUGUAAAUCAUAUAUAUUAACUUAUUAUUUUUGCC